ACCAUCACUGGUUUUCCGAAACUCCUCUCAAAAUAUAGAACAAAAAUCUGCUGAGUUAAAAAAAAAAGAACUAGUCAUCAAAAAAUGGCGGCUUCUGGUAGUAGAAACAGAGCAGAUGUACUUGAUUCUGUUGUGCAACCUAAAGGAGAUCAUAGGGUCACUAUAGUAUGGCUGCAUGAUAAGGAUGAGCAUUUCACUGAUUCAGUUCAGUUUGUGAAAAAUUUGAAUCUUAAAAAUGUCAAAUGGAUAUGUCCAUCUCUCGUGUUCCCAGAUUCAUCAGUAGCUCUCCACUUUGCAACAAGUUGUGCUCUUAACCAUUAUCCUAUAAAUCCUCGAGUUGUUGUUGCAAUCAGCGGGUGGCUUGCUAAGUCAUGGUCCGUAAAAAACAGCAUAGAAUUUUAUACACUUGUUGCUAAAUCUCGUGCUGCAUUGCAGUCAAUCUUUCUUACGCAUGGAAUAGACGAUCCUGUAGUUCCUCACUCAUGUAGCUGUGGAGAAGAAGCUACUGCGUCCCUUGUAAAUGCUGGAUUUGGAGAGGUCAGGUUCCUACCAUUAGCAAGGUUUGGACCGACUGCUCAUGAGAUCAAUCGCAGCGAAAUGGUCAAAAGCUGGUUGGAAGAGAAGCUCCCGCUCGCGUGAUGAUGUGCACCCAAAAGAAUGUCUACCAUAAAGAUGUUCCUCUAUGAUCUAGUGACUAGUGAUUAAUUUACUAUCGUCGUUUAUUUUAUUUGUCAUGAAAUAAAAUUAGCGUGACUCAUGUUAUAUGACUACUAAGUUAUUGGUUUUUCAGACUUUAUGGUAUACGUAGUUUGUUUUUCCUUCUUGAUCUUUUGUAUAUAGGAAUUAAUUAUGUUACGUUCU